AGCGCAAUAGAAGAGUGCGGUGCGAGACGGCCAGUUCACGCCAGCCAGCCUUUCUCUGUCUUUCCUCCGUCGGUGCGGUUCGUAUCUCACCAGCGCAACGGAUCGUUCGCUCUCGCUCUUGCUCACACACAACCGAUCGGCCCGGGCUAGCUGCACCGGAUAAAACGAUAUCCCUGUACACAUCUCGAGCAUACGCAUAUCUCACUGCUGCUGCUGUGUGUGUGUGUCACGUUGUCUCGCUUCCCCUACCGCGACCGUAGCAGACUUUCAGCAACCGAAAGCGAAGGAAAAGCAAAAUAAAACACGAAACAAACAAAAAAAAAAAUACACGAAAAAAUCCCAAAUCCCGAACCCAUUCCUCAGUCGAAAUUCGUCAGCCGGAUGAGAAAAGCGUUUUACGCUAGCAAACCUAUAAUUAGUCGAAACGUGCCCGUCGUUGGUUUCGCUUGCCAGUUGCUUGCCAUUCAAACACAUAUACGACGCACCGUCCUUGGGCUUGUGGCGUGGUUUCCGUUUCCACUGUAUACCUUGCCACCUUGUUCUGUUCCUCUCCUUUCUGGUCUGGGUGCUCCCCAACAAAAAAAAAAAUCAAAAUCGCUGAGCAUCAUCUGGGCUCCGCUGGGCAGGAAAGAGUAAACACACACACUCACUGUGCUCAACGACGAUCACGGCACGCGAAAGCGAGAAAGCCUGCAGCAAGGUAGAUACUGAGUCAACAGGCACUACUACUACUACUACUACUACUGUUGGGCUAACUACACGGGGCAGGAUUUUGUGAAAAAAGGAAGAAGAAAUUGAAGAGGUGGAACAAAGUGAUAAGAGGAGCAAUGUUUUUCACGUGAAGUCUUGGUGAAAUCGGUGUAAGGUGAAACAAGAAAAAAAACAAGGAUAACGAUAUAGCUGAGUCUAAGAUCGUGAAGAAAAGGAAGAUAACGGUUAGAUUACCCAGGAAUUGCUACGUGAAGUGCAUAAUUCAGCAAGCUCCCGUUUAAUCCGCUGUCAACAACGAUCACCGAUUAUCAACUCAACUAUCAAAAGACCGUUCCCGGUACGUGUUGUGUUAUCCUCCGUGACAUUGUGUGCCUGUAGGUGUGUGCGAGUAUUCCGAAUUCUGAUAAGCGCCGAUCGAUACCCGCGCAUCACCUUGCCGAUCGUACUGAAGGACUCCCCCGGCGAACAACACAACAGUGUCAAAGGAUCUCCACCCGUGUGCGUGUGCGUGAGAUUCCGAAGCGAAGUGCAUGCGUGUGCAUCGCGCUUUCAACGCGCUCCAAACGCCUGUGGUGCUCCCCUUCCCCAUAAGAAGGAGGAGGUGUUGAUUUUUGUUUUGGGCUGGUACGGCGGCACUAACACCGUCGAAACCAACAACAACACCAGCUCCAAUCUGGCAAAGGCAAAGCCAGCAUAAAAUCCGUGCAUCUUCUCCUUCACACACGGAGCCAGAGCAGAGCCGAAAGACCCGUGGCAAGGAGGGUAAAAAAAAAGGUGUGUACAACAUACGGGCACGCAUCCCCAAAGUGUGUGUAUGUGUGUGUGUACGGUUUGUCAGAAAGAGAUAGAAGACGCGUAGGACGCGGGCAGGAUUUACAAGGGAAGUACGCGCGGCACGCACGAAGCCGUACCCGAAGCGUUGCCGAACUCUCGGCUGGCCACACACCAAAAGCCAACCAAGUGUGUGCGAGAGCAAGAGAGGGAGAGCGCGACACUCCAGUCAGAAGAGUGAAAGAGUAGGCAACGCAGGCCUGUGCGUGUGUGUGUGUGUGUGAGAAGGAGUGAGAGGGGUGAAAACGGGGACGCUCUGUGAGCGUGGCAGCGAGAUCGCGGGAUGAGCAGCGUGACAGAGAAGGCAAGCGUGAAAGCGAGACCGUGCGAGAGGGUACCGGCAGCAGCAGCAGCAGCAGCAGCAGCAGCAGCAACUAAUGAACGCCGUUCAGUGAGGCCUUAAUAAUAGUGUUUAGAAGUGGUUAAUUUCGGCUUCAACCGCUCCGCGAGGCAGGUCACAAAAUAUCGCACCAGCGCUCCAAACCGGGCAGCAGCCAUCAGCAAACCCUUGUGUCGUCGGAAGUUUUGGGUGUGCAAAUCUUCGCCCACCCCGUGUGGGGCGCUUCGAAACUUCGAUUUGCUUCGGGUUUUGGAUUUUUUUUUGUUGCUUCUGUUUUGGUUAUGUUGUGUGUGCCCCAUGUGUGUAUGCUUCCGUCCGCGUCGUGCUCCAGUUCCGGUUCCGGGUUUUGUGAUCGCCGCCUAACUAGUGCGCGACACGUGUGUGCGGAUGUGCUUCGAUGUACCUGUGCAAUUGUGUGCGUAUGUGUGCUCCGUGAGUCCUGUGAAGCAUAAAGCAAAAAAAAAAAAUUGAGUCACCGGUGUGCUAAUGUGAUCCUGAUGACAGUGAAGGACCUCCGGCAGGAUUUAAGUACCCACCACCCACAAUCAAAAUCAAACAUUGUAUCCAGGCCGGGAUAAUCCAUGCGCAAGCAGAAAGAAGUUACAGUGUGUGUGUGUGCCCCGGAACAGUGAUCACUAGAGCGAACUGAUGGCAAAAGUAUGUGUCUUGCAGUAGAGAUCCGAUCAACAGUGUUAACUCUGAGCUUGAUGUAAACCAUCCUUAAGAAUCAAGUUAAAAAAAAAUCCGAAAAAAGAAGAGAUCCCUCACCCAGAGCAAUCUCCCGUGCGGAAGAGGACCCUCAGAAAUAGCAAGUGUUGUACGGGGCGGGAUACGAUAUCCUCGCGAAUCCCCGCUCUGUGUAAAACGGCCACAAAAUGAUGGCUUCACCUAGUUUCAUGACGCAGUAUCACAAUCACCAGUGGAACAACGGUACAACACAGAGUCAGCUGUCAGCGUUAAACAUCCUGCCAUAUCAGUAUCCACCACAGCCACCGUCGGUUAGUAGUCUUGGAUCGGUGGCGUCCGUAGGUUCGGCUGGCCUGUCACCAACGCAGUCUAUCGCCUCGUCCAGCGGUGCGGCCAGCAAUAGCAGUAGCUUCAGUACCGUCGGUGGUCCCGGAAAUCACGGAUCGGCCGUCGCCCUCGGGACCGCUGGCUGUGGGCCGGUCGGUGGUGGAGGUUCCAACACUGCCAGUCCCGACGUAACGGCAGCCGCAGCGGCAGCAGCAGCCGCAUCCAGUGCGGCCGCAUCGUACGGUUUCGGUAUGGUGCAGCAGUCCGGUGCGCUUGAGAUGACCGCAAGACCUCAAGCCAUGCACUAUCCGUCGUAUGCGUCGUACAGUCCUGCCAGCUACUACAAUAACGUCAGCAUGACCAGUCCGUGGUUUGCGCAGGAAACCAUGUACGGAACGGCGGCCGGCUGGCACGGUGCGGACGCGUACGGUCUCAAGCUGGAGGAGUACUCGCACCAGACGCAAGCACAGCGCCGUUGCGCACGCUGCACGUGCCCGAACUGCAUCAACGAGUUGUCCGGGCUGCCACCGGUCGUCGGUCCGGAUGAGAAGGGCAAGCGGCAGCACAUCUGCCACAUACCGGGAUGCGAAAAGAUUUACGGCAAAACGAGUCACCUGAAGGCGCACCUUCGCUGGCACACGGGCGAACGACCGUUCCAGUGUAAGUGGCUGUUCUGCGGCAAACGGUUUACGCGUUCCGACGAGCUGCAGCGUCACUUCCGUACGCACACGGGCGAAAAACGGUUUACCUGCACGAUCUGUAGCAAGAAGUUUAUGCGCAGCGACCAUCUCGCCAAGCACGUGAAGACGCACGAAAACAAAGCGAAGAAGAUCGCGAAACGGUCGGAAAAGCUGGAGGAGGCGAAGAUGCGACGCGAGGAAACGAAACUAAAAUCGCUCGAAACGUCAACGCCUGUGGUGUCGCGCAAGCUGCCGGCUGGUGCGUCGCUCAGCAAGCUAACCACGGCCAAGCGCCCGAAGCUGUCCGCCAGGGAUGGGGGUGAGUCACGUCGGGAGGAGGACGCCGCGGGUGACAGUAGUCUCGAGCAGCAGCACACACCUCAACAGCACCAGCAGCACCAGCAUCACAGCCAAACGUCCACCAUGCUGGAGGACAUCAAUGCCAACAUACGCGUACCUGAGAUCAAGUCGGAGUAUGGGGCCGGUGCACUGAAUGUCCUGACGCCACCGCCGACCGGUAACUCGCCAACCUCGGCAACAGCAGCGGCGGCUGCUGCAGCGGCCGCUGCUGCGGCAGCUGCUGCCGCCUACCAGAACUACCACCACCAUCAUCACCAUCACGUGGCGGCCCAUCAUCACCAUCAUCAUCAUGCGUCAUACUUCCAGAGUCCCUUCUUCCAGGCGAGUGCCGACGUCGGCACGGGCACACCGGCCGGGAAGGGUCACUUCCCGAGCUACUGUGACGUGAGCGGCGGGAACUUCGGUCACGGUAGUAGCCAUCAUGGAGGAAACAAUCUGCGGCUAGGUGGUGGCACGAACGCCGCCACCCUAUCAGGCAUGUCUUCUACCUCGCUGAGUUGCGAAAAAUCGUCCGUUAGUCAUCGCGUCGGAGGAAGUAAUGCGGGCGGUAGUAGCAGCAGUAGUAGCAGCAGCAACAGCACCACCACCAACAACAAUAACAACAACAGUACGACAAACACCAGCAGCAGUAGCAGUAGUAGCAGCAGUAGUGCCAUCGUCGAGCUCAGCAACAGUUUGGUAAAGUUGGAGGAGUAUGCCAACGGGCAUGGUCUCGGUGGGAGUCGUCUCGAAAGCUCCGCAGCGGCCCCGGCAACAGUUGCCGAAAGUGGUAACAGGGCCGGCAACAGCACCAACAACAACACCAACACCCUCAACAACCACGUACUACCUCACGGUGCCCCGCUGUACCAUUCGCUCGCCAGCGAUCCACCAUCCCACCAUCCGUACCAUCCGUACGCGGCAAUGGCCAAGGCCGGUGGUGGAGGUGGUGGUGGUGGUGGUGUUGGGAUGCCAUCCGCCUCCUAUGGAAGCAUCUCACCCUACGAGCAGGAACCGUCCGGGACGGCUCACCAACAUACGCAUCCGUCGGCCGGCGUACCGAACUCCACGUCGGCGUCAUCGUCCCAUUUGGCCUCCACCUACAACAUGAUGAUGAGCAACUACUCACUGCAUCAACACCACCAGCAUCAGCAACAGCAACAACAGCAGCAUCAUCACCAUCAGCACCAACAGCACCAGCAGCAACAGCUUCUCAAUCAACAGCAGCAGCAGCAGCAGCAACACCACCAGCAACAUCAGCAGCAACAACUUCAACAUCAACUUCAGCUCAACCUUACAGCGCAGCAGGCGAACGCCGGUGCGACCGCCACGAACGCACUGUUCAAGUAAGUCCCACUAGACGAAGUUGCAGUUGCUCCCCCUUACAAUUUCGAACCGCCAGUGAUUGCGCCAGAGUGAUAGUUGAGUGGUCUUUGACGCGAAUAGAGUUCUAGUGAGAUUGUAUGUGCCCUUGCGGCAAACAACUUCUUCAGAGAUUAUUUAACAUUAGAUAUGUGGUCCUUGCGGGGUGUGGUCGUGACCUGUGUGGUUUGUAUUAUCCGGAAGGCUACCAUCGUUCUUCAAAUGUGCUAUAGUAGCGGUUAGUAUGUUAUAUGUAAUGUCAGAAAAUAAAUGGCGCCCGCCAAGAACUCCCUCACUGCUCUGCUUGGCUGUGGGUUUUGCCAGGCUUCUCGAUCGGAAUAAAGUCAACCAAGACUGUCGUAACAAAACUGCUCAGGGACACCAUUUUAUUUGCCAACCGGUAAUGCAUACUUAAACCUGUGAAAGACCUGUAAAUGAUCAGAGCAUGCUCGGUUUCGAUGUACUUAGAAGCCGCAUGACGACCCAGUUUUCGUAAGGAGAUAGUUCAAAUAGUGCAUAAAAUCGCUGGCCGAGCUACAAGCAAACAUUCUGUUUUCCGCCUCAAGUGUAUCCUCCAGUAUAUCUCCUCCGGCUACGUGUAAGGAAAAACAAUCGCAACAGAAUCACGCUUGAUUAGCGCAUUACGAGCGUGCGCUUCUGUCAGCUUUCUCGGUGUAAAAUAUGAAAAUGUAAAUACAAAAUUGUACAGUGACGGGUUUUUUAGCAAAAAAAAAAAAGCUAGCUAAAAUUCAAACAAAAAGCUACCCAGAAAAAGGCCCCGAAAACUCACCAAACAAUGCGAUAAAAUCUCAGUGCAAAAUUUCUUCGUUCAAUAAAACUCCAUUUAUAGUCGGCAAAGUGUUGUUUUCUGAGCGGGUUUGAGGUUAAAAAAAUAUGCACCAGUAACUGAUAGUAAUAUAGUGAAAGCUCUGCUUUCUUUUUGUUGUUUUUUCGUGCCCCGUGAACUGGAAAUUUAGAAGUUUAGAAACGCUCAGAUAUUCUGAGGCUUUCCAAAGACGCGUGGACAUGGUCGAAACCGGUGACAUUUCGUGGGCCGUGAGAAUGACCGGGUUCGUUUAAAGAGGAGAGGGCGAGAAAAAAAAAACAUGAAUUUGAAUAAUGUACAGAAUAAGCAAUAAUACAAAAAACAACAACAACAAACAGUUAUAUUUAGACAAGUGCGAAGAAGUGGUGUACGAAGCCUAUAUACACAUAUAGACAUCCUGUAGACAUAUAUUUAUGGAACCUUUCCCAACCUUUCUAAACGUAAGCGAGAACGUGGUUGCAACGAACCAAUAACUUUACGAUGAUUAUACUCUCAAUUGAAAAUAAAUUACACAAAACCGCAAUGGAAACUGAA